AUCAGACCCCUCAGCCGUGGCGCGCAGCGAUCGUGAACGACACCGCACUGAGGUGUCAGCCUCAGAACAAACCCACCGAGUCAAGGGUCAACUCUUUCUUCUUCCUCUCGCCUUCCUUCCUCUCUCUCUUAAGAUUUUUCAACUCGAUCCCUCUCUCUAUAUAUAUCUGUUUCUGGCUGCAAAUCCACGACUAUCGGAUCUCCAAUUUGCAUGAGAGCACAACAGCCGGGCCAAUUGGAAGAGAAUGUGUGGAAUAUUCGCCUACUUGAACUACAGCGUCAACAGAGAGAGGCGCUACAUUCUCGAAGUCCUCUUCAAUGGCUUGAGGCGUUUGGAGUACAGAGGCUACGAUUCCGCCGGAAUCUCAAUUGAUUCUUCACUUUCUCUUGAUGCAGACACUCUCUCUUCCACACCCCUCGUUUUCCGCCAGGAAGGCAACAUCGAAUCUCUCGUCGAGUCCGUCUACGAAGAGGUUGCUGAAACUGAUCUAAAUUUGGAGGAGUCAUUUUUUGUACAUGCUGGAAUAGCACACACUCGGUGGGCGACCCAUGGGGAGCCUGCUCCAAGGAAUAGUCAUCCUCAAACCUCUGGCCCUGGAAAUGAAUUCUUAGUUGUUCAUAAUGGUGUUGUUACUAAUUAUGAGGUAUUAAAGGAAACUCUAGUUCGACAUGGAUUCACUUUUGAAUCUGAAACUGAUACUGAAGUAAUUCCAAAGCUUGCGAAAUUUGUUUUUGACAAAGCAAAUGAAGAAGGUGACCAGACUGUCACAUUUAGUCAAGUUGUCCUUGAAGUUAUGCGGCAUCUUGAAGGAGCCUAUGCUCUCAUUUUCAAAAGUCGGCAUUAUCCAAAUGAAUUGAUUGCCUGCAAACGUGGUAGUCCAUUGCUUCUUGGGGUCAAAGAACUAACUGAAGAUUUCGGUGUUGAAGCCUCAUUUCAUGAUGCUAAAUUCCUUUCAAAGGAUGGCAAGCCCAAAGAGUUCUUCUUAUCCAGCGACGCCAAUGCUGUAGUUGAACACACAAAACAAGUUUUGGUGAUUGAGGAUGGUGAAGUGGUUCAUCUUAAGGAUGGAUGUGUGUCAAUCCUCAAGUUUGACAAUUCCAAGGGAAAACAUAGCGGUGCUCUUUCUAGACCUUCUUCUGUGCAACGUGCAUUAUCCAUUCUUGAGAUGGAGGUUGAGCAAAUAAAUAAAGGAAGUUAUGAGCAUUAUAUGCAGAAAGAGAUCCAUGAACAACCUGAGUCUUUAACAACAACGAUGCGGGGAAGGCUUAUACGUGGAGGUUCGUCGAAAUCCAAGACUGUUCUUUUGGGUGGGCUGAAGGAUCACCUGAAAACUAUUAGGAGAAGCAGGAGAAUUGUUUUUAUUGGUUGUGGCACAAGUUAUAAUGCUGCUUUAGCUGCAAGACCCAUUUUGGAAGAACUUUCAGGUAUUCCUGUUACAAUGGAAGUUGCUAGUGAUCUGUUGGAUAGGCAGGGGCCAAUAUACAGAGAAGAUACAGCAGUUUUUGUUAGUCAGUCUGGUGAAACUGCAGAUACUUUACACGCUUUGGAAUAUGCUUUAGAAAAUGGUGCACUAUGUGUUGGUAUAACGAAUACUGUUGGUAGUGCUAUAGCAAGGAAUACACACUGUGGUGUUCACAUAAAUGCUGGCUGUGAAAUAGGUGUAGCAAGUACCAAGGCCUACACAAGUCAAAUAGUAGUAAUGGCUAUGUUAGCUCUGGCAAUUGGAGAUGACACAAGUUCUAGUCUAGGAAGGAGAGAGUCUAUAAUAGACGGUUUAUUUGACUUGCCAAAUAAAGUCAGAGAGGUUUUGAAGCUUGACCAGGAAAUGAAGGAUCUUGCAAAACUAUUGAUUGCUGAGCAGUCCCUUCUUGUGUUUGGAAGAGGUUACAACUACGCAACAGCUCUUGAGGGUGCUUUGAAAGUAAAGGAAGUGGCACUUAUGCACAGUGAAGGAAUAAUUGCAGGUGAAAUGAAACAUGGUCCUUUGGCUCUAGUUGAUGAAAAUCUUCCAAUUGUUGUUAUUGCUACCCGUGAUGCUUGCUUCAGCAAGCAGCAGUCAGUUAUCCAGCAACUUCAUGCUCGCAAAGGUCGCUUGAUAAUGAUGUGUUCGAAAGGAGAUUCAGCAGCUGUGUGUCCUGGUGGAUCAUGCCGAGUUAUUGAAGUUCCACAGGUUGAGGACUGUCUUCAGCCUGUAAUUAAUGUGGUUCCACUGCAGUUGUUGGCAUAUCAUCUUACUGUCCUACGUGGUUACAACGUCGACCAACCUCGGAAUCUUGCAAAGAGUGUGACUACCCAAUGAGAAAGGUUCAUUUAUAGAAGUUCCUAGUUGUUUGUCUCUUACAACUUUAAAAAGCAGGAAGUCGAGCUAAGAACAACUGUCAACUUGGGGGGGGGUGGGGUGGUGGUGGUGGGGUUUCCUUGCUUCCUAGUCUGUUAUUCCUUUUUUAUAUUAACAGUUGUUGUGAUAGUGCAGUUAUUUGCAUUUUUUCAUUUUGUUUAACCCCUCCUAAUAUUAGCUGUUUAUUUAACCCCCUUUUGCCUUUCAAUGAAGCUUUGGAGACUCUGCUUGAUUUAA